GCAACGGGGCCAACGUGACGAUGAGCUGCCGCGUACGAGGCGACCUCUACAUGACAUGCGGCGACGUCAGCAGCGGCGUCCUGAUAAGGAAACGGGGCAGCGGCCCCGUCACUUACGUCAUCGCUCAUCGGGACGCCUGCAACAGCGAGUUCGAGUGCAUGGGCGGAGGCUGCAGCAGCAAGGGAGUCUUCACGGGACACUACAGAAUUGUCGGAGUGGAUAACGUUUCUGAAAAUACUACGUCAUUUUUCCCGGGUACAAGCUCUAUUCAAACCAUGAAUCUGUCUUCUUCGCUAACAGGUUUGUCACUGCAUAAUGCGUCAUCAUUUCUGACCAGAUAUCACAUGAAAUCUGUAAUCUCAAUGAACUUGCCCGGUAUGGAAUCAGAGUCACUAGUCGUGAAUUCUACUGUAAUAUCUUUGUCUCCAACGGGGUACUGGGGUACAGAUUCGCUUUUCGUGAGUUCAAUGGUAUCAGUGUCGCCUACUGGGUACUUGGGUGAACCGGACGUUAAGCCAGUUGGCGAGAAAGGCAGUGGAUCUUUAAAUGUACUUUCUAGUUAUGUCGUACUGGGUUGUGUUUUCUUAAGUAUCUUCUAAUUUCGUAGUUAGUACGUACAGUUAGCUAGUUGCUUGAUGAUAUGGUGACGGUCAUGUUUUAGGUAUAGUUUACCUUCAGCGGAUAUAGUUGCAGCAUUCACGUAGACGUUCUCAUGGUGCCUUUUCUCGACCUUUGUAAUGAAUGCAUAAUUUCUGUGGGUACUUGCUAGUAUACCAUAAUGCUUUAGUGCUGUCUUUGCUGUAUGCAAAUAAAACCGUACUGUUGAAUUUUUAUUGUUG